AUGCCUCUUAAUGAACAGUUUGCCUUGUUGGCCCUCGAUGCAGAGUGUGCCGCCCCAGUGAAGCAGCUGGUGUUCAAGCCGAAGGUAGCAAAAUCGGCGAUCGCCGUGCCAGUAGUGGUUGUGGCGCUACAGAGCACGACGACCCCAGUUGGUGUCGUAGCGCACGCCAGCGGUAGCAAGGACCCGCGCCUGGCGCGGGACGAGCUGUUCCAGAGUCAUUUUGGUGUGGAGACAGCGAAGGCAUUUGAUUUGUCGCACCUGGAGCAGGCGCAGCACGGGUUCCAGUUGUUGGUGGACCGGGAGCUGGCAGCGCUCGCGGACGAGGCCGCGGUGGGCCUGAGCGGGGUGGCGGUGGAGAAGGGCGCGUUGAUGGCGUACUUGCAAAAGCACGGCGCGGUGGAGGUGGACUUUGCGCAGGAGGUGCAGGCGGCGGCGCCCAAGGCGAAGAAGGGCGCGGCGGUUGUGAAGGAGUCGGCUGCGCUGGCGGACGCGAAGCUGAUCGGGAUCACCGUGGACAAGGCGCUGGACUUCCCGGGCUGGUACCAGCAGGUGCUGGUCAAGGGCGACCUGCUGGACUACUACGACAUCUCCGGGUGCUACAUUCUGAAGCCGGCGUCGUACUGCAUCUGGGAGCGCAUCCAGGAGUGGUUCAACGGCAAGAUCCGGAGCAUGGGCGUGCAGAACGUGUGCUUCCCGAUGUUUAUCUCGUCCCGGGCGCUGGAGAAGGAGAAGGACCACAUCGAGGGCUUUGCGCCGGAGGUUGCGUGGGUGACGAAGGCGGGCUCUUCCGACUUGGAGGAGCCCAUUGCGAUCCGGCCGACCUCCGAGACCGCGAUGUACCCGUUCUUCGCGAAGUGGGUGCAGUCGUACAGAGACCUGCCGCUCAAGUACAACCAGUGGACCUCUGUAGUGAGAUGGGAGUUCAAGCAUCCGCAGCCGUUCUUGCGGACGCGGGAGUUCCUGUGGCAAGAGGGCCACACCGCGCAUUUGACGAAGGAGGAGGCCACCGACGAGGUGAUGCAGAUCCUGGACCACUAUGAGCAGGUGUAUGUUGAGUUGCUGGCUGUUCCAGUUGUGAAGGGUACCAAGACGGAAAACGAGAAGUUUGCCGGUGCGGACUUCACGACGUCGGUUGAGGGUUACAUUCCGCAGACCGGCCGUGGUAUCCAGGGCGCUACCUCGCACCACCUGGGCCAGAACUUCUCCAAGAUGUUUAACAUUUGUGUCGAGAACCCUCUUGGCCCCCAGCAUCCAAAGGUGCAUGCCUACCAGAACUCCUGGGGGCUGUCCACGAGGUCUAUUGGUGUGAUGGUGAUGACCCACUCUGACAACAAGGGUCUGGUUAUCCCUCCUAGAGUUGCACAGCACCAGGUAGUGAUUUUGCCAGUUGGAAUUACCGCGAAGACGAAGGAGGAUGUUAGAUCCAAGAUCCACGACUCCGCCAGGGCCAUUGAAAACAGAUUGCAUAAGGCCGGUAUCAGAGUCCUCGGGGAUUAUGCUGACAACUACACCCCGGGCUGGAAGUUUGCCCAGUACGAACUGAAGGGUGUUCCUUUGAGACUGGAAUUUGGUCCUAAGGACAUGGAGAAGGCGCAGGUCACGGCCGUGCGGAGAAACGACGGCGCGAAGAUCAGCGUUCCGCUAGCCGACCUGGAGGAGAGAAUACCGCAAAUCCUAGACGAAAUGCACCAGUUGCUAUACCAAAAGGCUAAAAAAUCGUUCGACGACCACUUGAUCACUGUCACGGAAUGGAAGGAUUUUGUUCCAACGUUGAACAAGAAGAACAUUAUUCUAUCGCCAUGGUGCGGCGUCCCCGAGUGUGAAACCGACAUCAAGGCAUCUUCCGCGAAGAAGGACGAUGGUGACGAAUAUGAAGUAGACGAAAAAGCCCCAAGUAUGGGCGCCAAGUCUCUGUGUGUUCCUUUCGAACAGCCCGUUCUAGCACCGGGCCAGAAGUGUAUCAAAUGUGAUAAACCUGCCGUAAACUACUGUAUGUUUGGCCGCUCGUACUAA